ACAAUUUGCAAUUUACGAUACGACGUCGCCGUUAAACUGAACAAAAAGGCAUUCGUCUCCAAAACGGUGCGCUUGAAAGAACCUUUCCUUUCUCUUUCUUCCUUCUCUGUAAAAGUGGAUUCCCUUGAUCAUUUAAAGGGUAGCAAUACCCUUGAUCAAGUGAUGGAGAGUGAAGCUAUUAACCAGCCUGAACCACAGAAACAGAUGUGGUGUGCAAAAAAACAGGCCGCAGUUCAUGAUGAAAUAAGGAGAAUGCGCCAACUGCCAGUAAACAGUGCCUAUGUUGCUCAUCGUCUGAAGGUUCUUAAUAACAUUCUGCAACUCAUGUCAAUUCAGAGAACUGUAUCACAGGAGGACGAGUUGGAGUUGCUUUUUGCUGGCCUUUCUUUGUGAAAGAAUUGUUGCUGGCGAUGGUAAGUUUUGGGGGAAUUAAUAUUUGGUUUGUAACUAUUUGCAGUGUGGUUUGUGCAUACGAGGUCUACAUGCAUGUUAUUUAAGCAUUAGAUAUUGCUCCUGACUAUAAUAAUUGGAGUUGCUUUUAAAAUAACAUUAAUUUAAUUUGGAUUUGAAACCAGCUGAUCCUGAUGUCUUUUGUUUUUCAUUCAAAUGUUUGAAAUAUGGUAACCACAUUGUGGUGGCGUUGAGCAGUGGAUCUGGAUCUUUUAGCCCAAGCAAAGGAUAAAGAAAAAGGUUUAUUUACAGUUUGUAUGUAUUGGCAUUUAGCCAUGCAAUAUGGUCGGAGUCAGUUAAGGCUUUACUAAUAACUUGGCUGAGCUUAAGCAACAAUCAAUGUCUACUCUUCUUUAGCUACUUUUGAUAUAAUAGUAAUACAGCACGUUUCAGGUUGCAACCUUGCUGCCUCUUUUCCCGUCAUUUCAGUCUUGGUUCAUACCAUGGAGGAACUUUCUUUCAUACUUUGGUCAUGGACAUCUAUUUUGUUUUUGGGCAAACACUAAUGGCUCCGAAAAUGACCUGGAAAGAAAUAGGAAAACAAAAUGUGUGAAUAAGUUGUCAAUGUCUUUAGACUUGUUGAGUUACCGGAGCAACAUAACGAAGGGAUAUAGAUAAUGGAUAUUCUGGAGUAUCAUUCAAUAAAGACAACACAUCAGAUUUUUGGGUAC